GGAGGGUUCGGGCUGCCUAAGAAAGUUCGGCGGAGGUUCGGGUAUCUGGUUCGGUUCGGGACAUAAACUGGACGCGGUAAAAGGAGGAACUGAUUCCCACUGCAGCGGCAGAAAUGUUACCGCUGAUCCUGACGGUUUACCUCAACGACGCCCAGCAGAUGCUAACCGAGGUCCCUGUUACCACGGCAACCAGAGUGUCCGACGUGGUGGAAUUCUGCAAGGAGGCGGGCGAGUCCGAGUGCCACCUGGCCGAGGUCUGGAACGGCCACGAGCGUCCGCUCCCUCAGGAGCUGCUGCUGCUGGACCUGCUGAACGCCUGGGGGGCCCGGAGGACCGAGGUCCGCUACUACCUCAGACACCGCCCCCUGUGGCCACCAGGUAGAACUACAACACCGCCCCCUGUGGCCACCAGGUACCAGAACCGAGUGUCAGUAGCAGAACCGGGCCGCUGCAGCAGAACCGAGUUAGAGAGAGAGAGAGAGAGAGAGGAGACGGGCGAGAGACGGGGGAGGGGGGGUGUCGCAGCAAAGAGCUGCAGCAGGACGAGGAGAGAGACAGAACAUGCUGGUUCUGACCUGGUUCCCACAGCACAACUCGCCAAGAAGACUGUAUCCGAGGUAGACCUGAGCUCGACACCAGACAAAGUUCUGGUCUGGUCCGGUUUCCCCUGCCGGACCGGCCCGGCCGGGACCAUGGAGUGGAACGAAGUGGACCUGGUGCAGGAGUUCACGGUGGAAGGACAAUGCAGCAAGAUCAAAGUCCGCUCCUGCAGGAUCACCUGGGACAACCUGCAGGUCCCCCAGGUGGAGCUGACCCUCUCUGAGCUCCAGGAAAUGGCCACCAGGCAGCAGCAGCAGAUCGAGGCGCAGCAGCAGAUGCUGAUGGAAAAGGAGCAACGGCUGCGGUUCCUUCAGCAGGGCAGCAGAACCAACACAGGACACUCACAGUSUCCCGCUUCCUGUCCAGUCAGCGACGCGCCGUGGCCCAACAUCAGCCAGACUGGAGCCGACUGGAGGACCUGCGGUCCAGAACCGCAGCUGCGACCCUCCGGCUACGGGACGUACCCCAGCGCCGCCCAUCAGGCCGCCGCCCAUCACUGCAGCUCCCUGCCGCGCUCGGCGCCCGGGACGCUGGGCUGGCCACGCCCCCCCGCCGGCUCCUCCUCUUCAUCGCCGCAGCGCGUCCCCACCCAGAACCCAGGUUCUGCGCCAUCCUCCCCGCUGUCCCUCCAGUCGGAGCGGCCCGACCCCCCUCCUGCGGUGGCGGUGCGUCCCUACGUCCCGGAGCAGCCGUCCAGGCCGCAGUCCCCCAGGAAGGGCCCCGCCACCAUGAACAGCAGCUCCAUCUACAGCAUGUACCUGCACCAGCCUCAGGCCAAGAACCCGGGCCCYCUUGGGAACCGGGCCGCCGUCAGGGCAGUCUACGGGAAGCCCGUGGUGCCGACCUCGUCCCCCGCCCCGCAGGACGAAGCCAGAGACAGCGCGGCCCUUCCUCCGCCCGGCGUGGACGGCUUCCCUCGUCCCCUCAGUCCCACCAAGCUGACGCCAGUCGCCCACUCGCAGCUGCGGUACCAGAAUGACGCCGAUCUGGAGGUUCUGCGGCGGCGUCUCAGCAACGCUCCACGGCCCCUGAAGAAGCGGAGCUCCAUCACUGAACCUGAGGGCCCCCAGGGGCCCAACAUCCAAAAGCUGCUGUACCAGCGGUUCAACACGCUGGCUGGAGGCAUGGAGGGCGGUUCUGCGAACCCUUUCUACCAGCCGGAUGGGCUCCUGGGGGACGUGGACGCCGUCCAUUCAGCCAACGGGAGCCUGGAACCGGGAGACAAGGUAGCGCACAGAGAGGUCAAAGGUCAGGACCUGAGUUCAGAGUCCUGCCACUCCUCAUCACCCUCCGUUACCAUGGAAACACCCAAAGAGACAGAAAGCACCACCAACCUGCCUCCCUCGAACCAACCCGGCUCGCCUCCAGAGCCACAGAGGUCCGAGGUCCAGAACCAGAACCAGGGAGGUGCUGGCUCCACCCACAGCUCACCUCCAGCACCUGCUGCUCUGCCUUCAGGACCAAAGGCGAAGCGGACCAACCUGAAGAAACCGUUGUCGGAGCGAACGGGUCACGGCCUGAGGGUCAAGUUCAACCCCCUGGCUCUGCUGCUGGACGCCUCGCUGGAGGGAGAGUUCGACCUGGUCCAGAGGGUCAUCUAUGAGGUGGAGAACCCCAGCAUGCCCAACGACGAAGGUAUCACUCCUCUUCACAACGCCGUGUGCGCCGGUCAUCACCACAUCGUCAAGUUCCUGUUGGACUUUGGAGUGAACGUGAACGCGGCCGACAGCGACGGAUGGACUCCGCUGCACUGCGCCGCUUCCUGCAACAGCGUCCACCUCUGUAAGAUGCUGGUGGAAUCAGGCGCCGCCAUCUUCGCCACCACCAUCAGUGAUGUGGAGACGGCGGCCGACAAGUGUGAGGAGAUGGAGGAGGGCUACAGCCAGUGCUCCCAGUUCCUCUACGGCGUCCAGGAGAAGCUGGGCAUCAUGAACAAGGGGGCGGCGUACGCACUGUGGGACUACGCCGCGCGGUGGGACGACGAGCUAUCCUUCAGCGAAGGCAACGCCGUCACCGUGCUUCGUCGCCAUGACGACACCGAGACGGACUGGUGGUGGGCCAGGCUGGACGGCCGCGAGGGAUACGUGGCGAGGAACCUGCUGGGGCUGUACCCACGGAUCAAACCCAGACAGAGGUCGCUGGCGUGAAGCCCGGCUCCAUGAGGAAGAGGAGGGUGUAGGGGUGGUUCUGAGAGGAAACAGAGGUCGCUGGCGUGAAGCCCGGCUCCAUGAGGAAGAGGAGGGUGUAGGGGUGGUUCUGAGAGGAAACGGCAAAGCAGAUGUUGACCUUCAGCAGCUGAAGGUCGGAAACAUCUGCCCACUAACAGCUCUUCCUCUCUGAGGGGGGUUGGCCUCUGAGGUCCUGGUGGGUCCAAAGAAGCGAUGAAGAGCAGUGGAAGGUGACCAAGGGUGUGUGAGGUCGGUUGAAGGUCACCUGAAGGUUGGUUGGCCUCUGACCUUCAGACUGCUGAUGGAUCAGUAUCAGAGGAAGGAAACAGGAAGUGAAGAUGACGGUUUAAUGAAGCGGUCCGUGUCUCCAAAGGUUCCCCUGAACUCCAACUGUUCAUAAGAGGUUCCGGGUCUCAUUCAGGCCGGGUCAGAACAUCGGGUCCGAGUCGUUCUAGGCUUCAGAACCUUCUCUGCUGCUUGUUUUCAUGUUUUAUUCUCCUUAACGUUGCUUCAUUUAGCCAAGCUUUGCUUUUCUCAUUAGAAUCAGUUCUAAUGGAGGCUCUGCUGCCAUCUAGUGGACAGUUCUAUGUGCAGGCUGGAUCAGCGGCGCCACCUGCUGGACUGGAUGUGCCUGAAUUUUAUGUCCACGAUGAUAUUUUUAUUUCACAAGCAUUUUGUUUCCAGUAGCUGCUUUAUGACGGGUGGAGCUGCAUUAUUGAAGUCAAAUAAAACAUUAAUAAUGGUGUUUAAACCUC